AUGGUAGUGACAUGGGGAGAGGAGGAAGAGCUGUGUCCACAACGUCAGAGCCAAGCCAAAGGUGUGCACUGCUGUCGUCUGCCUCUUGCUUUGACCCUCUUUCUGCUGCCUGGAGCUAAACUCGGGUCGUCCCCUGGAUUUCACUUUGUCACAGAGGAGCACAGUCAAGAGCUCGGACCCAGAAGGGAGCAGGCAGCAGGCCCUAAUGAUGAGAGCAAGUGUAGGAGGCUCCCCCCAGCACACACGUCUCUGCUGGAGGCCCUGAAGUGUCAACCCACUUGUCUCUGA